AUGGGUAUAUUCACGUGGGACGUAUUCAAAGUGAGCGAAGAUAAACCUCAUCGGAAAGGGAAUGACUGCAAGCGGAUAAAAGCGGAUUUGGUACAGUGCAUGCAGCAGACGCAGUGUUGGAAGAGUGGUGCCUUAUUCGAGGAGUGCAUGCAGUCUAAGGAUCCAGCAUGGGUCACGAAGGAGUGUAUGCAUUUAAGAGACGCUUACAUGCAGUCUCCACCACCUCGACGUAGUUCUCGGCUGCGGGUCCUCAACGGCUUUCAAGGGGGCUCCAAGGAGAGUAGGAAGCGUCCUGCCAAGGAUGAAGAAAUGAUCAAUUCGGACAGUAAUACCCCUUCUGAAGACACUCAAGGUGAUGAUGAUGAUGAUGAGGCGCGUCUUCAGAAAGCAGCAGUAGAGUUUGCGGAUAAAUUACAAUUAUCGAAUAUCCCUCAAGCUCUCCCCUGUCGGGACGAGGAGCGACGUAGUGUUUAUAGUUUCCUAUGGGAAGCAGUUAACACUGGUGGAGCCGGUAAUGUACUGUACAUAUCGGGAAUGCCUGGCACCGGGAAGACGGCAACCGUGAUGGGAGUUGUGGGAGAGUUGAAGACGAGGAUGAGUAGAAAGCAAGUACCAGCGUUCAAGUUCGCCUACGUCAACGCCUUCCGGUUAGCAACACCACAAGGGGUAUUCAAAGAGCUGUACACGGCGUUAGAGAUAGGCCCUGCUAAAGUCUCGGCAGCAGUUGCUUAUGAUAAGCUCGAUGCUUACAUGCGGAAGGGCAGUCCUGAUGAAGCAGUUCUUGUCGUCGUCAUCGACGAGCUGGACUACCUAGUCACCAAACAACAGAAGGUCCUCUACUGCCUCUUUGAUUGGCCGACUCUACCCACAUCCAAGCUCGCCGUUGUAGCCAUCGCUAAUACGAUGGAUCUACCCGAACGGAUGAUUCCUCGAGUGGCCUCGAGACUGGGGUUCGGCCGUGUAAACUUCAGCCCAUAUUCGAGUGACCAAAUAGCCGAGAUCAUUCGCCACCGUAUGGAGGAGUGCGGGGGAGGGGCUGUUUUUGAGAGCAAUGCUAUCAAGCUAUGUGCUAUGAGGGUGGCAUCGGUCUCGGGGGAUAUACGCAAGGCUUUACAUAUCUGUCGUAGAGCGAUAGAGUUGCGGAAGAGGGGAUGUAAGGUCACACCCGCUGAGAUAAACGCCGCUCAAAGUGACACUUUUUCGAGUGUGCUAGUCGACAAGGUCACGUCCCUGCAUACCUUCCAUUUCCGAUUCAUGUUGGCAUUCAUAAUGCUAAUGCGAGCCCAGAGGAGCCCACAGUCCAUCACUCUACAUGCAAUUUAUGAUAAGAUGAAUGCUCUGUCUUAUCAUCAUCCACCCGAAGGCUAUAAUGAGUACCCUGGGGGCUAUGUGAUGCCCUUCCGCGACUUUGAAGUCCUCGCGGCAAAGCUGGAGAAUUGGGGUAUAAUAAACCUCUACACUGUCAUGAAGAACUCCCUCUACUUGAGGGACUGUCCCGACGAUGAUGACGAUGAGAGGGCCGGGAUGGAGGAUCUAGGGGAAGACCUGCAGAUGGUGACUCAGAAGCGUGGUGCGAAGGACCUCCUAUCGACUGCUGACAAGCAGCGAAGUCGUGAGUUGAGGUUACCUGUAUGA